AUGCCAUUGGAUAAAGAAUUGCUCGCUCCCCGAAGAUCGAUUCGAAUUAAGUACUGGCGUCAAGUUUUUGAUGGAAAUGAAAAUAUUUUAGCUUUCAAGGGGUAUGAAAACACUGCUAUAUCUGUAUCUCAACGAGAUAAUGAUUACAUUGUUAGAUCUUGGGAAUCACAUUCAGGAUUCAUGUUAUGGGAAAACAGAAUAAAAAAUGUUGGGCUAUAUAAAAAUUCCAAUCCAAUUAUUGAAAAUGAUGCACCAAAAGUUGAAGUUAUUUUUGCUACGAAUAAUCCUGAUGUAUUAAUAUUAUUAGAAGGAAUUACUGUUAUAAAUUUAAAUGUCAUAGAUGGUAAACAAAUAUGGAGAUCAGAUUUAGCAGAUAGUUCGACUAUUCUUUAUAAACUUGUCGAGUUUAAUGGAAAAGUUUACGGUGUUGGUCUCAAAAAAUCUUUCAGUUCUUAUACUAUUGAAGUUGUUACCUAUGAUAUUUCGAGUGGAAUACUUAAAACCCAAUUACUUAAUUCUAAAGUUGGUAAUAUUAAAGAUAUGACCGUCUUAGGAGGGGGCACACAGGAUGGAUUUAUAAUUUGGAGUGAGGGUGGAUUUAUACGAGUUAAUCGGUUGGGCACAACUUUUUCUGAACAAACUUCUUUAGAGGAACUUUAUGAAAAUGUAAUUCCAUCAUUUGGUGAUGCUAAUGGAAACCUUGAGCUUCUUGAUCUUAAUAUUGGAUCAAGAACCGAAUUUCUUGUUCAAGUACCUACGAAGAAAGGUAAUACGGCUGCUGCAUUCAAGGUUGAUCAUGUAAGUGGCCGAUUGGUCGCUCUUUACGACUUUGAAGAAAGAUCGGAAAAUUCGAUAUAUUCAGCCACUUUUGAUAAGAACGAACGGAUUAUAAUUUCCAGAAGUAGAGUGGUUGCUGAGAAUGUUUCAGAAGUAGAAAUUAUUGCGCCCAGUACAGGAACAAUUCUAGGGAAUUAUAAAAUUCCUUAUUCAUUGAAUUCAUAUGGUAACUUGGUGAAGUCUGUGCUUGACGUUGAUUCUAAAGCUAUGGGAUAUCGCAUGCUUGUGAUUUCUGCUGAUGGUUCCAUGCAUUUCUGGAAAGAUCAUGACGUGGUAUGGAAGAGUGAAGAAUCUCUUGCUCAUACUAUUGAAGCAGAAUUUCUAGAUUUACCGGAAAGAAAGUUAUGGACUCAAGAAUCUGAUGAACUUGCCGAACAACCUGAAGAAACAGAGACAAUUUCACCUCUCAUUCGCUAUUUACGACGAGUAAAAACUCAUAUUGAACAACUCAAGGAUUUUCCUGCUUAUUUAACCGCUUAUAUCCAACGACUUAUAACUGGUGAUUACGAAGCAGAGUUUAAAUCAACUAAUAAAAGCAAAGUUAGUCUUCAUAGGGAUACUUUCGGGUUUCGAAAGCUUUUGAUUUUCGUGACUCGAACAAAAUUAGUAGCUUUAGAUACAAUUAACAAAGGACAAAUAAUUUGGUCUCGAUUUUUUGGAAAUGAUGUAUCUGAGUUUAGUAAUAUCUUUAUAGGAAAGUCCGUUACGCGUCUUUUCCGAUUGAACGGUCUCACUGGAGAAAAUUUUAUUCCCGCAGAAAAUGAAAAUUCUUUUCCUCCGGAAUUAUCAAUUCCAAUUACGACUAAACACGAUAUUGGAGAAAAAUCUUUGAAAGGAUGUAAAGUUGUCAAAAAUAAUGUACAACCAUUUGAUAUUAUCGAGAUUUGGACUCUUAAUUUUCCUGAAGGUGAAAGUAUUGCAGCGAUUGCGCAUAGACCUCCAAUUGAAAAAAUUGCAUCUCUUGGCCGUGUUCUCGGUGAUCGUUCAGUAUUAUAUAAAUAUCUUAAUCCACAUCUUGUUGCGAUUGCCACAUUAUCAACAUCAACUUCUACAGAUUUGAAUAUAUAUCUUGUCGAUGUAGUUAAAGGAUCAAUAUUACAUCAUGCUAUUCAUGAGAAUGUUGGAUCUUCACAUCCUGUACGAAUUGCACAAAUCGAAAAUUCAGUUGUAUAUCAUUUUUGGAGUGAAAAUAAUAAUGAAAAAGGUUAUGUAAUAGUUGUUUAUGAAUUAUAUGAAAGUGAAAACAAAGAUCAAAGAUUUGAAAGUUCAGUAUUUUCUUCAUUUGCACAUGAUCGUCCGUAUGUUAGUGCUCAAGCAUAUAUGUUCCCAUAUGGUGUAAACGCAAUCGGAGUUACUACCACAAAGCAUGGAAUUGCAACAAGAGAAUUUCUAUUUGCCUUGGAUACAGAUCAAGUAUUUGGUGUAUCUAAAAGAUUUCUUGAUCCACGUCGACCUCAGCAUGUGUUAACUAACGAGGAUAAAGAAGAAAUGCUUAUUCCUUACGAUCCGGCUAUUCCAGAUAAUAAAAAAUGGGUUUUAAGUUAUCACCUAUCGGUUGCUGGUAUUAGACAUAUAAUAACAUCACCAGCAUUGCUCGAAUCAACUUCUUUAGUGCUAGCAUAUGGAUUAGACUUAUGGUUUACAAGAGAAGCACCAUCAAAAACAUUUGAUGUAUUAAGUGAAGAUUUUAGUAAAGGAACUUUAUUAGCAACUAUUUUAGGAUUAAUUUUGAGUAUUCUUAUUACAAAACCAAUGGUAAGAAGAAAGAAAUUAAAUGCAAGAUGGUACUAA